AUCAGAAAUCCUGUCAUAAAGCGGCAUCAUUUAAUGCGUUCUAAAGUUUUUUGGAAAAUCUGCAAUUAAAAUAGCCCAAUAUCCUCUUAAGCCAUGAAUUCCGAGGGUUUCGUGCUGGAAGAAGCACUCAACAUCCGCGAUUUGUUAGGGGAGAAUGGCGCUCAGUUUCAGAUCAGCACCAAGUACAACGACCAUGGAGAAGAGUUUUUCAUGCCGGAUGAUUACGGCAGCGCUGAUGAGGACGAAAACGACCACCGCAAAAUCAUGAAUCCCUGGGAUCGGAGCUUCGAUGAGCUGCGGGCGCAGAUGUUCAUGGUAUCGGAGUACAUCUACAAGCGCAUAACGAAACAGGGUGUUGGGGAAGAGUUGGUUCCGGAGCGGGCACGCGUUACCGUCGAUUAUAAUUUGUACUUCGAGAAGGAACCCUAUGCUUUUGAUUCCACAUCCAUGCGAGGAGAGUUUAAAACGUUCACAUUUGGGAAAGGUGAAGUUUUGGAAGGGCUGGAAGAAUCUGUUAAAUCUAUGAAACCUGGCGAAGAAGCGCAAUUUGUAAUUGGUUACCAAGUAUUGUUCGGGGAGCUGGGUUGUAAGCCUAGAAUUAAACCCAAGGAGGACGCUUUGUUGAUUAUCAAACUUGUCGAGUUCACCGAUCCUGGAGAUUCCGAAGGCCUAGAUAAUCUGACAGCUCAGGAGGCAUCCUCAUAUGCUGUGGUUAAGCAAAAAGUGGCUGAUACCAGAAAUCAUGCUAAGGACUUUUUCAAGCGGAAUCUCGUAUCGAAUGCCAUAAACGACUACCACAAGGCAGUAAAUUUUCUGGAGCGUUGUACAGUGAAAGAUGAAGCAGAACAGAAGGAACAGAUCGAAACAUUGAUCCAAUUAUACACCAGUCUCGCAGUUUGCUAUAACAAAAAGGACAACCCUCGAAGGGCUUGCUCAAUGAUUAACGAAAUUCGUCGCAUCGGAAAUCUAGACACACUUUCCCGAGCACUUUUCCACGAAGGUCGUGCCCUUAUGAACCUAGGUGAUUAUCAGCGAGCCAAGACAAGCUUACUUAAAGCUCAAAAACUGGAACCAACCAACCGGGACAUUGCAAAGGAGCUGAAGGUUCUAAAUGAACGCUGGGAGAAACAUCGCAACGACGAAAAGGCAAUCUGCGCCAAGGCUUUCGGACUUAAGGAACGGAAAGAUGAAAGGGUUACCGAUGAGCAGGUUAAAUUCACCGAUAUUAUGAAACGGACAAUGGAAGGAUUCGUGUCGGACGAGAAGAGUAAACAGCUGACCCUACCGGAAGGUUUGACUGCCAAAGAAAUGAACAUAGUUCAGGGAUUGGCCGAUGAUUUCGCUCUGAAAUUAAGCCUGUAUAAAGAUAACAGCAAAGAUUUCUAUCGGCUCGAAAAGUUGCCACCCAAAGUUAACAACAGCGAUAAAUGAAAAUGAGGUAAGUUUUAUCGUUCCAAAAAACUAAUGUUUUAAAACAAAAAUGAUUCAAGAAAUGUACGAUCCAUCCUGUAAGGUGUGCGACGAUUAGAAAUAAAUCUAUAUUUGUUAAGAAAUAAAACAGUUACUGUUUACAGCUUGAAAGAACAAGUUUUCAAAUAAGAAAAUCAUGGUUUGAAGAACCUCUUGGCUGAAUGAAACUAUGAUUUUAAAGAUAGUAGUACAGUUGGAAUCGUUCCCCUAUGCUUUGUGUUUUC